UGACGCGUGGACCACAGCACCUGUCAGUUCAUAGAGGCUGUAACUCACCUGCUGAUUUAUCACGUUAUAAGUGAUUUGAAUGUCGGGGAGCAGCUAGAGCUAUAUAAGACAGUUUGGACCAAAACCACACAUGCAAGGUUUCGAAGGAGACCAGGACGUAUACUUACAGCGAUGAUCCUCCUCCUGUGCUCCUGGGCCGUGUUCCUCGUGGCCUCCAGCCCACUGCUGGCCCACCACAUCACACAGUCUGCUGAGCUGCCCUACCCAGGACCUGUAUCAUUGGAGGAGCGAGGAGUCGGCGUUGUGGAUGAUCUGUCGUUCUCUGAGCAAAGCUUUCCUCCUCAGGAUGGCCCCGGUCUCCGAUACGCCAACCUGAUUUCUGCAGAACUCAACAGAGAUGGUGUUAGGACAGGCCUGCUGCCCAGGGGAAUGAAUGGAGAGUUCCUACCAGAGAAACAAAGUCUCACAAACCCUCUCAGCCGCAUGUUUGGCAUCCGCAAAUACUUCAGGAGGCAAGCGGGGAGUGACUGCUUCUGGAAAUACUGCGUCUAAGAAGACACAACUCAUCUGUACGUGACAAACAUCAUGCAUGCACCUGUGCUCCUCCUCCUACACCUUUAUAGAUUUUUAUGUCGGGUAGAAAUAUAUUCAAAUCUUUGUUCA